AGUGGGCAGUAGUGCAAUUAUCCAAGAGUAAUCUACACUCUAUAAAUACAAGCAAAGUAGCUAAGCUGCAAGAGAACAUUGAAAGCACAUUAUUUCUUUUAUAUCCUUUCAAUUCCAAGACAAGUUCUUAACAAAAAAAAAAAACGUGUAUUUGAAGGCUAAGUUUAGGCUAAGUAAUGGCUUUACUCAAGAAAGCGAAUGGCUUAAACCAAAGAAAAGUUGUAGCAUGGAUGGUUUGUUUGAUCAUACUGCUUCUGAAUGCAGUAGCCUAUGCCGAGAGACCCUUAAAGGAUACCGCGAAUCAUCCUGCAAUUAGUAUAGUUGAUCAAGAGCAAGUUGUGAAAGAAGGCCUUUUGACUAAGAUGUAUCAUUUCUUAUGGAAAGCAGGAGAAUCCUCAUAUCAACCUGUUUGGCCUGAUAUCGAGUUUGGUUGGAGGAUCGUGGUGGGAUCGUGUAUAGGGUUCCUUGGUGCUGCACUUGGAAGUGUUGGUGGUGUUGGAGGUGGUGGAAUAUUCGUACCAAUGCUUACUUUGAUCAUUGGUUUUGACCCUAAAUCAUCCACUGCCAUUUCAAAAUGUAUGAUUAUGGGAGCUGCUACAUCAACAGUAUACUGUAAUUUGAGUCAAAGGCAUCCAACUUUGGAUAUGCCUCUUAUAGACUAUGACUUGGCUGUACUAAUCCAGCCUAUGCUUAUGCUUGGGAUCAGCAUCGGAGUUACCUUCAACGUCGUGUUUGCUGAUUGGAUGGUCACUGUCCUUCUCAUCAUCCUUUUCUUAGUUACGUCAAUAAAAGCUAUACUCAAAGGUGUUGAUACAUGGAAGAAAGAAUCGCGAAUGAAGGAGGUAGUGGCCUCAUUGCCUAAGCCAGAAGAGGAGUCUGGAGGAGACUACAAGCCAUUAGCCAGUGGACCUCCUGCUCAGCCUGCACACGAUGCUAAGGUUCCUAUGUUAUCCAACAUAUACUGGAAAGAGCUAUCAUUGCUUAUAUUUGUUUGGGUUGGUUUUCUUGCUAUUCAACUCAUCAAGAAAUAUACAGUGACCUGCUCCACUCAGUAUUGGCUUCUAGAUCUACUGCAGGUACCUAUAGCUGUAUCAGUCACGCUAUAUGAAGCAGUAGGUUUGUACAAUGGGACUAAGGUUCUUUCAUCCAAGGGAAAAGAAAUUUCCAGUUACAAGGUGCACCAAAUCUUCUUGUACUCUAUGUGUGGUGUAAUUGCCGGUAUGGUUGGUGGCUUGCUUGGGCUAGGCGGCGGAUUCAUCAUGGGACCUCUCUUUCUUGAACUCGGUAUUCCUCCUCAGGUAGCAAGUGCCACUUCAACAUUUUCAAUGAUAUUCUCAUCCUCGAUGUCUGUCAUUCAAUACUACAUCCUUAAGCGAUUCCCUGUUCCAUAUGCGGCUUAUUUUGUCCUGGUUGCUACACUAGCAGCCUUCGCCGGUCAGCAUGUUGUAACAAGGGCAGUAAAAGUGCUAGGCAGAGCCUCGAUUAUCAUCUUUAUCCUCGCAUCAACGAUUCUUAUUAGUGCAGUCACCCUAGGUGGAGUGGGAAUAGCGAACAUUAUAAGUAAGCUGCAGAAUCACGAGUACAUGGGUUUUGAGAAUUUCUGUCGUCGUUAAUCCUCUUGUAAUUAAAAAAAUUUUGUAUCUCACCUCAGUAUGUUGAGGUGCUCUAAUUGUUUACCUUAUUUUCAUUGUUAUUAUUUUUGUAGGCGAUCAAUUUCGCCAAAUUGCAAAGUCUCAAUUCAGUAUUUCAAACAUAGUAUCAUAGAAAUUUUUUGUUAUCAUAAAUCAGCAACAUGUUUUGCUCUGAAAUGUCUAAUGUAUCACUCACAUGUAUUGUUCUGAUUUCUGUUGUCUCAUAAAGUCGAUGAUCGACUCUUUUCACUA